ACUGUAAGACCUAUCCUCUCUCAUCCAACUUUAUUUAUUCUACCAGAUCUACCCUUCAAACAUAAGCCUAUAUUUCCUCCACAUCCCCUUUCUUCCCCUCCUUAAUUGAUGAAGAUCACAGGCACCCAUCAACAUCCCCUCCCCUCCCUCUCUCUCCUCCACCCCAUGCAUGAUACCCAUUGAAAUCCACUAGUAUCUUUGCCUCUUUCCUAAGGAAACUAAACAAGCUCUCUCUCUCUCUCUCCAAUAUAUAUCUAGGGUUUCUUUGUGAGGUGCAAGUGCAACUAAUUAACGAGACCAGCAGACUUGCUGUCGUGAUGUCUGAGGACAAUAUUCCGGCGAAACCAGGUAGCCAAGGCUCCGGGAGCAAGAAAACGACGCCGCUGAGGCCGCCGGAGCAAGCCCUGAAGUGUCCAAGAUGUGAUUCCCCCAACACGAAAUUCUGCUACUACAACAACUACAGCUUAACACAGCCAAGGCAUUUCUGCAAGACUUGUAGAAGGUACUGGACUAAAGGAGGAGCACUCCGCAACGUACCGAUCGGAGGCGGCUGCCGGAAAAGCAAGAAGUCGAAACCCUCAUCUUCAAAUUUUUCCGGCGACUCGAAGGACUCCGGCGGCGGUUUGAAGUUCUUCCAUGGUCUCUCUCCUGCCAUGGAUUUUCAACUUGGUGGUGGUGGUGGUCUCUCUUUCCCCAGCAGUGGGUAUUCCUACAACCAAUUCCCUCUCGCUUCUUCCACUCCUUGUUUUGCUACCGACACUCUGGGAAAUUCCAGUUCUACCCUCAUGGGUCUCAAUUUCCCUUUACUAAAACAAGUAGAGGGUGGUGGAUUUGGCCAAGAAAUCGGCGGUCAAAGCAGUACUAUCGCGUCGUCGAUCGAGUCGUUGAGUUCGAUCAACCAAGAUUUGCACUGGAAAUUACAGCAGCAGAGACUGGCAAUGCUUUUCGGAGGCGAAAACAGUCAGAAAGAAAACAGUGGGAUUUCACUUCAGAAGCCACAACCCAUUAUGUUUCAGAAUCUGGAGAUAUCAAAACCUGAUGCUUGUGAUCAGGUAGGGGGUAGUACUGGUAAUGGUUCGAGAAAAGAGGGUGCAAUUAGUAAUUUAGCAACAGAGUGGUACUUUGACAGUGGAUCAUAUGCACCUCUUGUGAAUCCUCCAAAUACAAGCAAUAAUGGGAAUGAGAGCACAAACAACUGGAGUGGAUUGCAGAAUUGGAAUGAGUUGAAUCAGUACAGUGGAUUGCCAUAGCUGAGAGAAAGAUCAAGUGGAAGAAGAGCCAAGGAGUAGGGUGGAAAAAGAAGGAAUGGAAGUAAAUAUAGGAUAUCUCAUAUGAUCAAGAAAGAGUAAGGCUAACCCUUUUUCUCUUUUCCUCAUAGUAAUUACGCACUCAAAUUGGCCUCGAUAACCGGUCAUAAGAAAAAACUACGUACCCAAGAUCCAUCGGAUAACUAUCAAUCUCUUGUAUUGUUUUCACCUCUCAUAUUCUUUCUACCAAAGUUUACCUAUACCAGUGGUCUAGUGCAUUUUUUUUUACUAUUUCAUUUAGUAAAUAUCUUGAUCAGAAAUGAGAAGAUUUUUAUACGAUUCCAAUAGUUGAAAAUACACUAGAAUGCUGGUACAGGUAAAUAUGGGUACAGAGGAUUUUGAGUUCUCUCUCGGGGCGUAGCUCGAUAUGGAAAAAAGGUUGGGAAAAAGGGGAGGGAGUUGGGUUUUGUUUUUUUUUUUUUUUUUUUCCCCUUUUUGUUUUGCUUAUGUUGGGUUUUACAUAAUCAGAAAGAUGCUGAUCAACAGCCUUUUAGUUAUUGAUGAUGUUGAAUUGUUUCUCCAUUCCUUUAACUUUAUUUCGCCAAAAUUGUAAUGCUAAGAAUAUUAAUCACGUUAGAAAUAUUGAAUCGUUUAUUACUUAG